GUGAGGACUUAGGGGUCCGUGGUGUUAUUUUUGUUCAUCUCGCAUUGCGUGUUUUUUCUCUCUAACGAUAAUGCUGUCUGCUUAAUUGGGAAUUAUGCGGUAUAUUUUAGCCAUCGCUUUAGUUUUACAGGUCUGGAUUGGCCUGAGCGAUGCCAUCGCUGGUGGUUAUGUCAACUGUUUCUCAGAGAACAUCCGGCAGCGCCAUUUCUCCGUCAGUCCCGGGAGUUACAACCCAGACAAGAUGGAGCCCAACUACUGUCGGGAGCGGUGCGGGGCGUUUGACUACCUGUACGCCGCCCUAGCGCACGGCAAGUUCUGCUUCUGCUCCCAAACCCUGCCCGUGGGUAAGAACGUCACAAACACCCCCUGCAACAUGACGUGUGAGGGUAACCCCAGUGAGAUCUGCGGCAGUCGGAAUUACGUCAGUGUCUUCCGCUCCAUCUCAGCCAUCACUGGAUUAGAGGUGACAUCAAAUGUGUCUGGCAUCCUGACAGUACCAGCAAGCAUCGGUCUCUCCAUAUCUGUGAAUUCAGGUAACAAUAUCCUGUACAUGGUUGAUUACGGCGACACGUCCGGCUCUACGGUAGGAAACGAGACGGACUAUGAUUCACGUCAGAUCUACAGGCCCGGUCAGUACGUCGUGAAAGUUGGAGCACAGGACGUAGAUAAAACUAUGCCGGUAUCGUACGCUGUGACAGGCUUCACCCUGGAGCAGACGGUGGAGAGUGUGGACAUUCUGUGUGACCCCGCCUUCGCCACCUACGAGGAGGGGGAGUGUGUGGUCACGGUGUGGAAGGGAACAGAUCUGAUGAUGGACGCCAACUUCACUGACCGUCACCCUUACGAUGUCCGUCUGGAGUACAUCGCUGAUCCCAUUGUGUCUAUAGCAGGCACCUGGGUACCCAACCCACCGAACACAACACCAUCAACUGGUGCUUACGUCAUGAGGGCCGCCGAGUUCACGACCUCUGGUAAAAUCUACGGCUGGAGGAUGCACGUGCAAACAGCGGGACAGAUUAAAAUAUACGUGCUGAGCCCCUCCUGUACCACGACUAGCACGACCUACUGCUACGAGUCCAACUCCUGCAAGGCCAGCUGUCUGACCACGUCCAAGGCCAUCAGCACCGCCUGUUCUGCCAGCGACGCCUUCUGUGGACAGUCCGGCAAAUGUUAUGCAACUUGCAGCAGUACGGCGUCCAGAUACGGCACGACACAAAUCAAUGUGGACUCAUACGUCAUCAACCAGACGAUAACCUUUAACCCCACGACCACGGGCACCAAGUGGUUCGACCAAUCACCGUACCUGGACGUGGAGCCAGGGUUUGUGCUAGGGGUCGACCACUCCGUGACGGGGAGAAUAUCAGAGAUGAGUGCCCCCAUCAACGACAUCAAGUUUACAUCAGCGUCCUUUAGCCAAGCUGGGGGGACUCUUUACACCAGCACUCAUGCUCUACAGGCGUACUACUCUAGUGGCUCAAAGGUCCUCUUGAAGUUCACCUUCUUGAACAACCCCAUCAUAUUCCCAAUGGACGUGACGGUCUACAACCGAAAACAAGCGACCACCGCCACCAACACCACAUACAUCAACCUGUUCGAAGGCGUGGACUUUGCCAUCAUCGAAGGUCCUGAGUACGUGGCCGCCAACGAACCAGCUCUCUUCACUUUAGCCAAUCACACUGGUUCCAACUUGACCUACAUCUGGAACAUCACCGACGGCAGCCCAAUAGGUAGCCUCCCCUACCUGAACCACACCUUCCUGGCCAAGGGCGACUACAACAUCUCUGUGGCCGUCUUCAACGUCAUCAGCAGGAAGGACAACUACACUACAGUUCACGUGCAGGAUAGGAUCACCGGCCUGGUCAUCACAGCCGUAGACUCGCCCGUCAACACACUGGUCAACCUCAACGUCGCCUUGGCCACAGGCUCGGACUUUACCUGCAAGCUCAACUACGGGGACGGGAACCCACCCGUGGAUCUGACCCCACUGGAGAUUACGAUCCCUACCUCAGUGCAGACACACGAGUACCUGGACAUUGGCUUCUACACUUUGGUCAUCUUCUGUGAAAAUAUGAUCAACAACGCCACCUCUAAAGUCGACAUCUACAUCGAGGAGCCAAUCACCAACCUACGGGCAGCUCGCGAGGGCGCCCCGACCUUGGAGGCCUUCAGGUUCGGCUGGCUCCUAGACUCUGGCUCCAACGUCAUCUUCCAGCUGACCUUCAACGGUGCCAGCCUGGCUAUUGACCCCGCGGCUUCUGACGUCAACAGCUACGUCUGGGAGUCUGUGAUAGUGCCUGGCAAGCCUGCCAACGGGUACCCGUAUUUUUUACAGUUCUCAGAGAAAUACUGGAAAGUACGCAAUCUAUAA